AUGGCUCUGACCAGCUUUUUACCUGCUCCAACUCAGCUUUGUCAGGAACAGCUUGAGGCUGAGGAAAGGGCAAGAUCACAAAGAUCAAGGCAGACUGCCUUGGUCUCAUCAAGAAGAGAACCUCCCCCUUAUGGGUAUCGGAAAGGUUGGAUACCUCGUUUGUUAGAAGAUUUUGGAGAUGGAGGUGCCUUUCCAGAAAUACAUGUGGCCCAGUACCCAUUGGAUAUGGGAAGAAAGAAAAAAAUGUCCAAUGCAUUGGCCAUUCAGGUGGAUACAGAGGGAAAAAUUAAAUAUGAUGCAAUUGCUCGACAGGGACAAUCAAAGGACAAGGUCAUUUAUAGCAAAUACACUGACCUGGUACCCAAAGAAGUUAUGAAUGCAGAUGACCCAGACCUGCAAAGACCUGAUGAAGAAGCCAUUAAAGAGAUAACAGAAAAGACAAGAGUAGCUUUAGAGAAAUUUGUGUCUCAGAAGGUUGCUGCUGCUAUGCCAGUUCAAGCUGCAGAUAAAUUAGCUCCAGCUCAGUAUAUCUGGUAUACACCAUCUCAGCAAGGAGUAGCUUUCAAUUCUGGAGCUAAGCAUAGAGUUAUUCGCAUGGUAGAAAUGCAAAAAGAUCCAAUGGAGCCUCCAAGAUUCAAAAUUAAUAAGAAAAUUCCCCGUGGUCCUCCUUCUCCUCCUGCACCUGUUAUGCAUUCUCCUAGUCGAAAGAUAACUGUGAAAGAACAGCAAGAAUGGAAAAUUCCACCUUGUAUUUCAAACUGGAAAAAUGCAAAGGGCUAUACUAUUCCAUUAGACAAACGUCUGGCUGCUGAUGGGAGAGGACUGCAGACAGUCCACAUAAAUGAAAACUUCGCCAAACUAGCUGAAGCUCUUUAUAUUGCUGAUAGAAAGGCUCGUGAGGCAAUAGAGAUGCGAGCUCAAGUAGAGAGAAAGAUGGCCCAAAAGGAAAAGGAGAAACAUGAAGAAAAGCUUCGAAAAAUGGCCCAGAAAGCUCGGGAGAGAAGAGCUGGAAUCAAGACCCACGUAGAAAAAGAGGAUGGUGAGGCCCGGGAACGAGAUGAAAUAAGACAUGAUAGACGCAAAGAGAGACAACGUGACAGAAAUCUUUCCAGAGCAGCUCCUGAUAAGAGGUCAAAAUUACAGAGAAAUGAGAAUCGAGAUAUCAGUGAAGUCAUUGCUCUUGGUGUGCCCAAUCCUCGGACUUCCAAUGAAGUUCAGUAUGACCAGAGACUAUUCAACCAAACUAAGGGUAUGGACAGUGGUUUUGCUGGUGGAGAAGAUGAAAUUUAUAAUGUUUAUGAUCAAGCAUGGAGAAGUGGCAAAGACAUGGCUCAAAACAUCUACCGACCCAGCAAAAAUCUGGACAAAGACAUGUAUGGUGAUGACCUAGAGGCCCGAAUAAAGACCAACAGAUUUGUUCCCGAUAAGGUGUUCUCUGGCUCAGAUCAUAGACAGCGAGACCAUGAAGGACCAGUUCAAUUUGAAGAAGAUCCCUUUGGUCUGGACAAAUUUUUGAAAGAAGCUAAACAGCAUAGAGGGUCUAAAAGACCUUCAGACAGCAGCUGCCCUAAGGAACAUGAACAUGAAGGCAAGAAGAGGAGGAAGGAGUAA